GUGGGCUGUUUCAAUGGUGUCUUCGGGACAUUGAAUGACUUUGUAUGACAGUGCCCGCAAUAAGGAGGACAUAAAAUAUAUUUAGAUCAUUACAUUUAGCGAAAAAAGUCUUUCUGGUCUUCUUGAACAUGGAGGCCCUAAUUCCCGUCAUAAACAAGCUUCAAGAUGUCUUCAACACAGUGGGAGCGGACAUCAUUCAGCUGCCGCAGAUCGCGGUCGUGGGCACCCAGAGCAGUGGUAAGAGUUCGGUACUGGAAAGCCUGGUUGGUCGCGACCUGCUUCCACGCGGGACCGGUGUUGUGACCCGACGGCCUCUGAUCUUGCAGCUGGUGCACGUCGACCCCGGAGAUGUCAGAAAGAGUGAUGAGAACGGCACAGAGGGUGAAGAAUGGGGGAAAUUCUUACACACCAAAAACAAGAUAUACACAGACUUUGAUGAAAUCCGGCAAGAGAUUGAAAACGAAACGGAAAGAAUCUCAGGAAACAACAAGGGGAUUAGCGAUGAGCCCAUCCACCUGAAGAUCUUCUCCCCUCACGUGGUCAACCUCACUCUGGUGGACCUGCCAGGUAUCACCAAGGUGCCAGUGGGGGACCAGCCCAAUGACAUUGAGCUUCAGAUCAAAGAUCUAAUCGUGAAGCACAUCUCCAACCCCAACUCAAUCAUCCUGGCCGUCACCGCCGCCAACACAGACAUGGCCACCUCAGAGGCACUCAAGGUGGCCCGCGAGGUCGACCUCGAUGGCAGGAGAACCCUGGCCGUGGUGACUAAGCUGGACCUGAUGGAUGCUGGGACCGAUGCCAUGGAUGUUUUGAUGGGCCGGGUCAUCCCUGUCAAACUGGGCCUCAUUGGCGUGGUCAAUCGGAGCCAGCUGGACAUCAACAACAAGAAAACCGUCGCCGAUGCCAUCCGAGAUGAACAUGCCUUCCUGCAGAAGAAGUACCCAUCUCUGGCCAACAGGAACGGAACCAAGUACCUGGCCAGGACCCUCAACAGGUUACUGAUGCACCACAUCCGGGACUGCCUCCCAGACCUGAAGACCCGGAUCAACGUGCUGGCAGCCCAGUACCAGUCCCUGCUCAACAGCUACGGAGAACCCGUGGAGGACCAGAGUGCCACACUGCUCCAGCUCAUCACCAAGUUUGCCGCCGAAUACUGCAACACCAUCGAGGGCACCGCCAAAUACAUAGAGACCGCCGAGCUGUGUGGUGGAGCCAGGAUCUGUUAUAUCUUCCACGAGACGUUUGGCCGGACGCUGGAGUCUGUGGACCCUCUGGGAGGCCUGAACACCCUGGACAUCCUGACCGCCAUCCGGAACGCCACGGGCCCCCGGCCCUCCCUGUUCGUGCCGGAGGUGUCGUUCGAGCUGCUGGUGAAGAAGCAGGUGAAGAGGCUGGAGGAGCCCAGCCUGCGCUGCGUGGAGCUGGUCCACGAGGAGAUGCAGAGGAUCAUCCAGCACUGCAGCAACUACAGCACACAGGAGCUUCUGCGGUUCCCUAAGCUCCAUGAUGCCAUCGUGGAGGUGGUGACGUCACUUCUGAGGAAGAGGCUUCCCAUCACCAACGAGAUGGUUCAUAACCUGGUUGCCAUAGAGUUGGCUUACAUCAACACCAAGCACCCGGACUUUGCUGACGCGUGUGGAGUCAUGAACAACAACAUAGAGGAGGCCCGGAGGAACAGGAUGAGAGAGUUGCCCACGUCAGUUCCCAGGGACAAGGCAUCAUCAGCUGCCCCCCCAGGAGAAGGGGAGGGGACGGGAAACUGGAGAGGCAUGCUGAAGAAGGGAGAUGAGGCUCCUUCCUCCGGACCAGGAAGCCCCUUGAAAGGAGCCGUUAACCUGCUGGACGUGCCGGUGCCUGUUGCCAGGAAGCUGUCGUCAAGGGAGCAGCGGGACUGUGAGGUCAUCGAGCGCCUCAUUAAGUCCUACUUUCUCAUCGUUCGCAAGAAUAUCCAAGACAGUGUGCCUAAGGCAGUGAUGCACUUCUUGGUGAACCACGUGAAGGACAGCCUCCAGAGCGAGCUGGUUGGUCAACUUUACAAGUCCGGCCUCCUCAACGACCUGCUGACUGAGUCGGAGGACAUGGCCCAGAGACGAAAGGAGGCUGCAGAUAUGCUGCAGGCACUGCAGAAGGCCAGCCAGGUGAUUGCCGAGAUCAGAGAGACGCAUCUGUGGUGAGGACCUGCUCUGCCAUCUUCUUAUCAUGCCUGGAAGGAGGUCCACGUUUAUUCAUCUUGUCUGAAGGACUCCAAAUUGCCAAUGUUCAAAUGCACUGUUGUUACGGUUACAUUCAAGAGUAUAUAAACUGUUAGCGUUAAGAGUCAUGGGAGGAUGUUGAUAUUGUGUAUGGGAAAGCUAAAUACUAUAUGUCUGUGAGAGACAGAAGGCUGCCUCUGUUAAAGUGCACUAUUGCGGUUCAGGUAGUAUGAACAUUUAGGAAUUAAGGACCAGAGUUUCAUGGAGGGGUUCAUUAAGGCUAAACCGUGUCAUUCUUACAAAAUGAUCCUUCAUGUAAAUGUCACUGUGUUUUGGGGGUUAUACAUCAGGGAAACCACUAGUCUGAGUUAAGUUCCAUUCCUUCAAGAAUGGGUUGUUCUCUGCGACCUACAUUAAAAGAACGCCAGCCAUGCACCCUGUAGAAAUACUACAGAACUCACUUGGCUUGAUUUCAUACGCUGUUUAUCCCACUUCAUGUAUAGAGAACACUUAAAUACUGUAAACCCACAUUGCAUUUUAUUUUUAAAUAUGCUAUUUAAAUGUGAUUAUGUCCUCAUCUUCGGUGUUUACUGUACAUGUGUGCAGCUCAUAUGUAAAAUGGUGCGCUGUGGUGCUCUGUUUGUUUUUCAUUAAAAAAGAUUUUAUUUCCCAAAA